AUGCCGGUCGUGAAUGCUAAGCUCGAGCAGCAACUCGCAAGAGUCAAUGGCGUAGUCAUACCUUCGAAGCUCCCUGAAGGACAACAGCCAUUGAAAGCGCUGAGAACCCGUCCUCGGUCUGACGGGAAAUUGGAUAGAGCUAGGGACAAGACAUGUCCAAUUUGCGGUCAUACCAGCACAAGGCCGGAAUAUAUUCGAUCACACUUUGUGGCAUGUGUGAAGAUGAACGGAAACCCCACCAGAGCACGCUGGGACGAUUAUUUGAAUUUCGUACCUCGUCCUGACCUGGUAAAGCGCAAGCAUAGUGAUGUAGACGAGAGUGACGACACCACCGACAGUCCCCCUUCGAAGCGCACCGCUCGUGCUCCAACCACAAAAGAGCAGCGAGACGUAAGACAACGUCAAUACCGCGAACGCCUUGCUGCUGUUAAUGGCGUCGUGAUCCCCUCGAGGCUAGCUCCAGGCGAGACCCCAACCCGAAGAAACUACGAGCCAAGCGCAAAUCGCAAAUACCAGUGUCCUAUUUGCGGUGGAUAUUACGGAAGGAAGGAACAUGUCCAGUCCCACUUUGCAGUCUGCGUGGAGACAAAUGGCAAUCCCACCGGCGCACGAUGGGAUGAGGCAUGGAACGGUGCGCCGUCUCGUCCAGAACGGGCGAGUGCGAGUGCGAGAAUCAGCGAGGAGUCGCAAGACCAUCAGAUGCAAGAUCUUCAGUCUGGAGAUCAUGAACUUAGUGAUAUUGGAUACGAUGGCCUCACUACGAACAUGUCCCUGCUUAAUGGCUACGAGCAAAAUGAGCCUCAAUCAACGUCUCCACCAUCGAACAGCUUCGAACCUUACCAUCCAAACAUCGAAGACCUCGACCCGCAGCUUGUGUUUUCUUCCUCGGAUGACUUGCAACCUUGCCACCCAACCGACCGCAAGGGAACUUUCACCGAACCCUACCAUCCAGAUCUCGAAAAUCUUGACCCACAGCUUUGGUCUUCCCCCUCGGACGACUCGCAGCCGUACGACCCAAACCUCCGCAUGGAAAAAAUUUGA